GGCGGCGCUUUGUGUGCGACUGUGGGCCGGGGUCUGCGGGGCGCGGGCCGCGGCGGGCGGCGGCAUGGAGGAGCUGAGCAGCGUGGGUGAGCAGGUCUUCGCCGCUGAGUGCAUUCUAAGCAAGCGGCUCCGCAAGGGCAAGCUGGAGUACCUGGUCAAGUGGCGCGGCUGGUCCUCUAAACACAACAGCUGGGAGCCAGAAGAGAACAUCUUGGACCCAAGGCUGCUGCUAGCCUUCCAGAAGAAGGAACAUGAGAAGGAGGUACAGAACCGGAAGAGAGGCAAGAGGCCCAGGGGCAGGCCAAGGAAGCACACAGUCAUGUCGUCCUGCAGCCGGCGCUCUAAGCUCAAGGAGCCAGAUGCUCCCUCCAAGUCCAAGUCCAGCAGCUCUUCGUCCUCCUCCACGUCGUCCUCCUCUUCUUCGGAUGAAGACGAAGAUGACAGCGAUCUGGACUCCAAGAGGGGUCCCCGGGGCCGUGAGACCCACCCCGUGCCUCAGAAGAAAGCCCAGAUCCUGGUGGCCAAGCCAGAGCUCAAAGAUCCCAUUCGCAAGAAAAGGGGACGCAAGCCCCUGCCCCCAGAACAGAAAGCGGCUCGGAGACCCGUAAGCUUGGCCAAGGUGCUGAAGACCACCAGGAAGGACCUGGGGACCUCAGCCAGCAAGCUGCCCCCUCCACUUAGUGCUCCUGUGGCAGGCCUGGCAGCCCUGAAAGCCCACACCAAAGAGGCCUGCAGUGGCUCCAGCACCAUGGCGACCCCAGAGAACCUGGCCAGUCUCAUGAAAGGCAUGACCGGAAGCCCCAACCGUGGUGGCAUCAGCUGGCAGAGCUCUAUUGUACACUACAUGAACCGCAUGAGCCAGAGUCAGGCUCAGACCGCAAGCCGAUUGGCACUCAAGGCCCAGGCCGCCAACAAGUGCAGCCUCGGGCUGGACCUGAAAGUGAGGACGCAGAAAGGGGAGCUGGGGGUGGGUCCUCCAGGAAGCAAGGUCCUGAAGGCCCCUGGCAGUGGGGCUGCAGAGCAGCAGAAAGGGGGCAGUUCAGGGGGCCCAGGUUCCCAGCUGGCCCCCACUCAGGAACUGAGCCUGCAGGUCCUGGACUUACAGAGCGUCAAGAACGGUGUGCCUGGUAUGGGCCUGCUCUCCCGCCACACCACAGCCACCAAGGCCAUUCCAGCCACCAACCCAGCCACAGGGAAAGGUCCUGGGGGCGGCCCCACAGGGAUAAACAUGACCGGCAUACCCACAGACACCAGCAAAGGCGAAAAACUGGCCUCCAAGGCUACAGCUCUGCCCACCCCUUCUGUCAAGAGGGACAGUGUUAAGUGUGUCGCCGCCUCCGGUGGACAGGAGGGCCACGCGGCUGCGGGAGAAGGCCGCAAGGCCCCUGCGCUGUCCGAGAUGAGCACGGGAGAGGAGAACAGUAGCUCAGACUCAGACCCUGAUUCCUCCUCGCUCCCCAGUGCCGGGCAGAACCUGUCGGUAUCCAUCCAGACCAACCAGGACUGGAAACCUGCCCGCAGUCUCAUCGAGCACGUCUUUGUCACAGAUGUCACGGCCAACCUCAUCACUGUCACAGUGAAGGAAUCCCCCACCAGCGUGGGGUUCUUCAACUUGAGGCCUUACUGAGACCGUCGCCCAGGUCCGACCCACCUUCCGGUCUCUGGUUUUGCUUUGAUGUCUGACCUGGGGGCCUGCUCUGCCCUGUCUUGAGACUUCGGGCUGGGAACUCGUUUCUCUGAUGAUCCUACCUCUCUGGGCCUCCGUUCUGCUCUGUCCUGUUGCCUCAGGAAAUCUGGUUGGCCACUGGCUCAAGACUGUCUGCUUGAACAAGGCCUCAUCAAUACAUAUCCCUCCUUGGCCUAGUGAGACCCUCCCCCACCUUAUUAGCCCAACUACUUUCAGGUGGGCCUGGGGAGGGCCUUCUGAUACAGCCUUCUCCCCAGCCCUGUGGAGGAAGAGACAGGGCAGGCUGGACCUUCUCCCAAGCCCAACAGUGACGGGGCCUUUGUGGUGAAGUGGGGAUUCUGUUUUUGGCAGAUGAGACACUGACCUCAUCAUAAAAGGAUGAUCGUUGUGAGAUUUGAUUCAGGGACCCUGCAGAAGUCUACAGAACCCUGUGUGACUCUUCAGAGUUUCUGUCCCUGAUGCGGGGUCGUUCCUGACCACAGCUGUGGCCCCAAAGUCCAGCCAGGGUUUGAAAGGCCUCAUCCCAGCACCCAGAUGUAUCUCCGUGCUACUGGGUUUGGGAAGAGAGGAGUCCAGUGCGGCUGCCUUCCUGCAGGCAGGCCCCAGCCCCAGUGAGAAGUGACCCUGUUCUGCUCUGGGUCCAGACCUGCACCCCUGCUUAGGCCCACUAGAGUGCACUCCUCUGGGCUGCAACCCAGAGGAGGCUGAAGUAGCAGUUUGGAGUCCUGGGCAGGCGAUCUUCCCCUCUAGUUUGAUUGCUAGGGCCAGGUAAGGCCCCCUAGUAGCUGCAGUGCAGGAAUGCAGGUGCGCCCGCAGGCUUGCCACCCCGCUGCCUGGCUAGACUGGUGUCUCUUAGACUGUCGGGCAGGUUUUUUUGUAGUUGAGUCUGGUGCAAAGCCCUGCCUACUGAAUGGGCCAUUCUUGGGUACCAUUUUCCCUGACAAUCCUCUCCCACUUUCGGGAGCUUGUGUUUUCUUCCUAGCUGAGAAGCAAUAUCCCUGUGCCAUUUAUGUGGUGGGACAGUUUGACAGCCCACCUGGCAGGGGGGUCCUGAUUCCUCCCCCUUCCUCCAGUUCUGAGCCCCUUUCUAGAUGCCUUCUCCCUGUCCCCCUUCCCAGGUAGCUGUCUUAAAACUACCUUGUCAGAUUGCUGGCCAAUGUCAGGACCUCUGUCCUGGAAUAUCACCUUGUGGCCAUGACAAUCUGGUCAGUGAGUCUGUGAUGCCAAAAAGUGGGGGUGGUGUGAAACCCUUGUUUCUGCUUCUGCCAUUGACUGGUCAGCCGGCAGGUGUGGUCUCUUCAUUCCUGUUGCCUUGAAGGGAAAUGUCCCCUUCCAGAACCAGCCGAGACAGUGGGCUGUGGUGUCUGGAACCUGCCACACUUUCAAAGUACCCCCCCCCCCAGUAGUUCACCCCACACACACCAAAUAAGAGAUGGUCUUUAUGCGACCAAACUGACCUCAACACUGUGCCUUUUGGAACAGACCCAUAUCCAUGGCUCCUGAAAGAGGCUCACGAUAUGCAGCCUCUGGAUCCAGCACCAAGGGACCAUGCUACUGCCAGCAAGAGCUGUCGCUGGAAAGACUCCAGGGCCAGGAAGCAUGUAGCAGGGGGGGAAGAGUUGCCUGCUGGGCCAUUGGCCUCUCUCCCUGUCUUCAGCCAGGGUCCUCUGCUUCCUCAUCCAAGGUUUGCAGCUUCUUUUGUACCACACACUGCCUUAAAGGCACCUCCAUAUCUUUUGGGGGUUCCAUGAGCUGUUGGAGAAGUGACCGUGACUGGGAUCUAGUUUGACUGACUUUGUUCCCUGCUGCCAGGUCUCCAAACCCCGAUUAGGUGCCUUUUAUUUUUACCAGCUAUUUCAGUCCCAAAGGUGAAAUCUACAAAUACCCUCCUCCCAGCCGCUUUGCCUUCUUGUGGUGUUUUCCUUGGUGCUUGUGACCCCAGUGGUCGACUGUUACAAAGCAUGUGUGUGUAGUGUGCCCACAUGAGAACCCGCUGGAGAGGCACACCACAUGCUCCGGGUGGAGUUCUCGU